AAUAUGACAACAGGCUGUGUGAUCUUUUCUUUCCUCUCAGGAAAUGAUGAUUUCCUAUAGAUGCUACCACACCAUAAAUACUACCAUACUGAAUAUGUGUCAGUGCUAUUGAAAGAGAUGUCAAGUUUCAGUAUCAUAGAGCAUGUUUCUGUUUACCACGGGGCUAUCAGCAAGGCCACUACUGAGAGGAUCCUGGGUGCAGUGGGGAGAGAUGGGAGUUAUCUACUCCGAGACAGUGAGAGUAUGCCCAACACCUACUGCCUAUGUGUUCUAUGCAAAGGUGUUGUCUAUACCUACAGAGUUUUCCAAAUCAAUGAGGGGUCCUGGACAGUUGAGUAUGCCAGAUCUGAGAACUCUGACUCUGAUAGGUUUGUGGUGCCAAACUGGAUCAGAACAUCUACUGCUUUCUCAGUCAUGCAGGAGACAGCUUCCUGCUGUAGAUGAGCAACCCAGAAUUACAAACCCUGGAGUACAGACACGAUUAUUCAGGAAGAUAAGGAAUCUGAUAGCUGCCUUUGGUAAUCCAAACCAGGGCCUGGAGAUGCCCCUCCUCUAUCCAGUUGAAAACCAACACACUGACCUGCAGUAGCAAUGAGAUGAUGGCUCCUCUUCAAAGAUACAAACUUUGACAACAAUAUAUUUGAAGAACUGUGAAAAGAUUCCAAUUAAAUAAUUGAUGUGUAUUUGUAUUUUGUUUAAAUCACAUUGUUUGAUUAACUAUUUUUUGCAUUAUGUCCAGUUCAAUUUAAACCAGUGGUACUCAUAUUAUUUCAUGAUACAAUGAAAUAAACAUCAAAACAUACGGACAAAGAA